AUGUCGUUAUACAUGGCGGUUAGACGUGUUAUUUUGAACACCGCUAACCCGAGUCAAAAUUUAGCUAGUUCGUUACUCGACUUUGCCAAUAAUGAUUCCUUGAGUACAGGUGAAAUUUACCGUACCAGAAAGCAAACCGAAUCGACAUUUAAAUCGCUUGGCCUAUGCUGGACGGGUGAUUUCGAAUCACUAAAACACUUUGUAGCUGACUCUUUGAAGCUGAAUGGUACCUGGUCUCAACUAGGAGGCAAUAAAAAGGAUUUUGUUGCUGAGAACGCUUCUAUCAUAUGGAGGAAGAAUAAAAACAUCCUAACUAUUGAAGGAGUAAAGGAAAAUCAACUAAAGAGGGAAGUUUGCAGAUAUAUCUUCCACUAUUCGAGCGAAUCGUUUGAUGCUUCGACAGAAAUUGAGGAUCUCCAGCAAGGACAGCAGUCGAAUGAGGAGGCAAUUCAAGCAUUGUCGGACACGAUUAGUCAUAUGGGCGCAGUUGUUUCGCAAUUUCAGGACUUUAUGGACAAAAAUAAUAAGAGUAUUGGCGAGAAAAAAUAUGACCGACCUGCCGAAUACAAAAAUCUACAUGCUGGACAUGUAAAUGAAAUGCGUGAUCGUGACGCUAAUGACGCCGAAGGGAAUAUGUCUAUCAAUACAGAGCAAUUAGAAAGUAUUAUUAUAAACGAUUGGGAUAACAGCUUAUUGCCUAAUAUCACAAUAGCCUCUUGGGAUGCAGAACCCAUCGGUAAUAAAGGUCAAAAUAUGCGAACGAUUGAUAAACUGCAUACAACGAACAAUGGAAUUAUUCCAAUCAAGAUGAACAAUGGGGGUGAGUGCAAUGUAAACGAGGGCGAGACUAAUGACCCUGUUAUCCUGGUAAACCAUUAA